AUGGAUCACAGUCAAAUGGAUCACAGCCAGAUGGAUCACAGCAUGCACACGUCCAUGGACAUGGGCAACGGUGGUAUGGACCACGGCGGUAUGGGUCACGGCGGUAUGGGCAAGGGAGACAUGUGUUCGAUGAAUAUGAUUUUCACCUGGAGCACCGAUAACUUGUGUGUGGUUUUCCGAUGGUGGCACAUCCGCACGCAUACAGACUUGCUACUCACGUUGGUCGCUGUCGUUUUACUCGGAAUGGGAUACGAGUACCUUAAGGUUCUGGGCGCCCGACUUGAUGCCAAAAGCGCCUCACGGUACCCGGGCGGCCGCGUCCCAUUACUCGAUGAAUCCCCGGUAAACCAAUCCUCUUCGGGAGCAGCAGACGUGGCAUCGCCAUACACUGCAUCUCCACCAGCUGACAGACUCCGACUCUCGCGUGCAUUACUAUACUGCUUCCAGGUGUUUUAUUCGUUCUUCCUGAUGCUGGUGUUUAUGACCUACAAUGGUUGGCUCAUGCUCGCAGUCACCUUUGGUGCGUUUCUGGGUUAUUACACUUGGGGCUACCGCCAGCCUGCCCCUUUAACACCAGCUGUUGCUUCCUCCACUUGCAACUUGUUGGCUCGCAUUACCCGUGAGUAUUCCUUCAUAAACACUUCUCGUACUCUUUUAAAUGCCAUCCGUUCUGCCUCUGCUUCAGGCGCUACCCCGGACCGCCCAGAAACCGCACGUCGCCUAGCGCGAGCCACAGAGCUUACUGCAGAAACAAGUGCAUCUGUUCUCUGUGCCGCGCGGUCGCCAGCCUGUGCCAUGUUCUGCACGUACUGCACGGUUUCUUGA